CUGCUGGACCACGCAUUGGCCAAUCAGCGAACGCGGAAGCUUUGCUGGAGAGCAGACCCCGCCCCCGGGAGGCUCCCAUAAGAAGCAAGGGGCUCGCGCAGUGUCAGCGCUUGAGCAGAACAGGAGGCACACCUGUAGGGCAUCGGCAGGAAAAUUGCAGCCCUCUUUUUCCGAAAAUGGAAUACGAUAAUAUAAAGUCCUCAGCCGCACUCAUUUACGAUGAGUUCAUCCAAAAUGCAGACAGGCGGACGGCGAGCUGGUUGCUUAUGUCGUCUCCUCUCCCCCAAACCAUCAUCAUCGCGGCGUACAUUUACUUCGUCACAUCGCUGGGGCCUCGGAUAAUGGAGAACCGCAAAGCCUUCGACCUCAAAGGAGUCCUCAUAGUCUACAACUUCGGUGUGGUUGCUCUCUCGCUCUACAUGUGCUAUGAGUUUGUGAUGUCAGGAUGGGGAACAGGAUACUCUUUCCGCUGUGACCCAGUCGACUACUCUGAUUCACCACAGGGUGUGAGGAUGGCAGCAACAUGCUGGCUCUACUACUUCUCAAAGUUCAUUGAGAUGUUGGAUACGGUCUUCUUUGUGCUGAGGAAAAAGAAUAGUCAGGUGACAUUUCUCCAUGUCUACCAUCACUCGAUCAUGCCCUUCACCUGGUGGUUUGGUGUCCGCUUUUCUGCAGGCGGCAUGGGGACACUUCACGCCCUGCUUAACUGUAUCGUCCAUGUAAUCAUGUACACGUACUACGGCCUGACUGCUAUGGGCCCCAAAUAUCAGAAGUACCUUUGGUGGAAGAAGUACCUCACUACGAUCCAGCUGAUCCAGUUUGUUAUCGUUACCAGCCACAUCUCCCAGUAUUUCUUCCUGAAGGACUGCUCCUACCAGUUCCCCAUCUUCGUCUACAUCAUCAGCUCGUACGGCCUGAUUUUCUUGUUCCUCUUCCUCAACUUCUGGUACCACGCCUACACCAAGGGCAAGAGGCUGCCUAAAGUACUGCAGAAUCAGACAUGGGAACACCACAGCAACGGAGUUAUGAAUGGGAACGCCAGUCACGACAAAGAAGAGUGACGCAGGCCUCUGCUUGGGUGUCGGGGUUUGGCCUCAUUCAUGUUAGCAAGAUGCAUCUGAGAUUCAACUCCAAUUAGUUUGGACUGUAUCUUCUGAUUGGUUUUCUACUUGCAACUGCGAAAGACAAUCUUUGCAAUUUGACACAAGCUAUAUUUAAGAGGUUUAUCGACUCAAGCUGAAGGGUUUUAUCUUGGUUUUUUUUGUUUACAAUGAAGGUAAAGCCCAAGUUCUGCUAUGGAAGUACCCAAAUAUCCCUCCUUUCUACAACAGUAUGGUUUUAAAAUAUUUCAAAAAGUCAACUCUACUAUUCACACUGACUAUAGGGCUUCACCUAUGGUAAGACUGUGGGACCCUCAGCUAUACGUUCAAACUGGGCUUCCUCAAAAAAGCUUGUAAUGCUGAGAUAAUUUUCACUUUUGUGACUUGAUCUUAAUGUGAAAAGGUCUUUUUUAGGAAACCCAGUUCAGGGUUUUUAAAGUUGUGCACUGAAAAGUUUGUUAUUUCACCUGGCCCAAAAAUAAUAAUAAUUACGCUGACUUUUGAGUCAAUAUAUUUUUUGUCCUGUUCAGGUUGUUGUUGUCCAAUGGUUACAUGCAUGCAGAACAGGUUUUUUUUUUCUUUCUUAGUUUCUAUCACAUAUGCACACCCACUUCUCUAUGGUUGAGUCGCACUGCUGCUGAUGGUACACACAUUUGGUGAAAAGAU